UACAACUUCACCCAGGCCACCACGACCCUCAAGCCCGCACCACGUGACAAGAUCAUGAACGACGGCGUGGCUUACAUCUGUUUCGUCGUGGUCAAGUGCGCCAUGUACGAAAUCUGCAGCGCUUUUGGGAUCGUGACCAACAUCAUCUGUCUCAUCGUGUUCCGGAAACUGGGCUGCGAUGAAACGGUCAACGUCACACUCAUCGGGCUGACCAUCGCCGAUCUGGCUAGUCUAAUCGACCUGUUCUGGAUGGGCAUCUGUUUCAACCCCCUGUUUACCUACUCCAGCGUCUACUUCGACACCCAGUCUGUCGCCUACCUGUCGGGCGGCUGGGUCAAGCUCUAUCUGACCCGCGUCUCCGCUUGGAUCACGGCUUUCGUGACGUUGGAGCGGUGCCUGUGCAUAGCCAUACCGUUGAAGAUCAAGACCGUCAUGACCCCCAGGAGGGCCACGAUUUUCAUCGCGCUGUCGUUCUUCUUCAUGGGCCUGACGAUGCCGCCAGUGUACUACACAACGCGCCUGGAGUGGCUGUGGUACCCUGACCGAAACAAAACCCUCCUGGGGCUCGCCUUCACCAAAGAGCGUGAGGAAAUCUACAACAGCGUCAUCUCCAUCAACCUGGUCCUCACCUUCAUAGCCUUCGCCACCAUCAUCAGCUGUACUCUGAUACUAGUUCUGAAUCUCGAGAAGAAGGCUGAAUGGCGGAAGAAGUCUGUCUCGGCGCAUAAACUCUCCUCCAUGUCCGUGAAGGACCAGAAGGUCAGCAAAAUGAUCACGUUCAUCGCUGUUCUGUUUCUCGUCUCGUUCUUUCCGGGCACCGUCUUGUUCAUAGUCAUGUUGAUGAUCCCAGAGUUCAACAAGGGCAAACUUUAUCACAACCUGUUCACCACCACUUUCGCAUUCUCCCACAUCCUCGAGGGCGCCAACGCGUCCAUCAACGUGUUUGUCUACCUCAAGAUGAGUUCAAAGUUUAGAACCGUGUUUUUUGAAACGUUUAGUUUUAAAAAAGUGUCGAAACAACAGAAUUGAUCAUGAACCGAAAGGGUUGGUUAAAAGGUGAAAAUAAGGGCAAGCAGAUAAAGUGGACUGCAUCUGUUAGG